AUGGAGAAGCCCAAAAGAAAUAUUUGUCUCUAUGAUUUCACAGCCCGAGAUAUCAAGAUUGUUAAACCACUGGAAGAUGUGGAAGUAAAUGAAUAUGAGAGCGCGUCUUUCGUCUGUGAGAUUUCACAUGAUGAGGUCCAAACCCAAUGGUACAAAAAUGACAACAAGCUGAAGGCUGCCGACAAUAUUAGAAUGCGUCAAGACGGAAAGACCUAUUCGCUGACUUACAUGCGCGUUCAAGUCGAAGAUGCAGCAGAGAUCAAAUUUGUAGCAGAAAAGGCAGAAUCUCGUGCCCAGCUUACUGUAAAAGAGCUGCCUGUAAAAAUUGUGAAACCUUUGCGAGAUAAGAUCGCUCUUGAAAAACACCGGGGAUUCCUGGAGUGCCAGGUGUCUCGUGCCAAUGCCAAGGUUAGGUGGUACAAAAAGGACCGUGAAAUUCACCCUAGUGACAAAUAUGAAAUUGUGAGCGACGGUGUCUAUCGGAAACUCAUCAUCAACGAUGCAGAUUAUGAAGAUGAAGACACGUACACUUGUGACGCCUUUGAUGACAAAAGCAGUGCUAAUUUCUUUGUUGAAGAGCAAUCCAUUAGUAUUGUAAAGGAGUUGUGUGAUGAGGAUGUGACUGAGCCUGAAGAAGCCAAGUUUGAAUGUGAGAUAUCCAUUCCAUCUGUGAAACCCCCCAAAUGGUCUCUACACGGAGAAAUCUUACAGGCUGGCAGAAACAUUAUCAUGCAGCAAGAAGGCACCAUCCACAGGCUGACAAUACUGAAAACCAGUGCCGAUAUGACAGGCACCGUUCAGUUCUCCAUUGGCAAAUCAAAAUCCACAGCAAACCUGCUUGUCAGAGAUUACCACAUACAGAUCACCAGGAAGAUGGAGGACAAGACAGCUCUGGAGCGCCACUCAGUCAUCCUGUCCUGCGACUUCAGGCCUUCUCCGAAGGUUGUGAAGUGGUUCAAGGACCACACACCCAUCGAGCCCUCUGAGAAGUACAAAAUCAGGCGGGAGCAGCAUUCAGCAGAACUCAAGAUUUUGAAGGUGAAGCCCGAAGAUGCUGGCGUGUACAAGUGCAGGGCUGGAAACGCAGAGACUGAAGCCACAUUGACUGUUGAAGCCCGCAAUGUAGAAAUACUCAAGCACCUGCAGGACAUGGAAAUUGAAGAAGAGAGUUCCGCUGUCUUCUCCUGUGAGCUGUCUCAUGAUGACGAGGAUGUGGAAUGGUUCCUCAACGGCACCCUCCUUUACACCAACAACUUCAAUGACAUCAGGAACGUUGGCAAUUGCUACACACUGACAAUGAAGCAGGUCAAGCCUGAGGAUGCCGGCACAGUGACUAUGAAGUCAGACAAGGUGUCAGAGAGCGUGCGUCUGAAGGUGAUAGAGAAGCCUGCUGUCUUCAUGAAGUCCUUGGAUGAUGUUUUUGGUGAGGAGCGAGGUGUAAUUAAACUGGAAUGUGAAGUCUCAAAAGAGAAGGUGAAACCUGUUUGGAAAAAGGAUGGUGUGACGCUCACUUCUGGUAACAAGUAUGAGCAGAUACAGUCUGGGAAGACCCUGUGCCUCCUUAUCCAUGACCUCGAAAAGACAGAUGCAGGUUUAUACACAUGUGAUAUUGGCACUGAUGUUGCCAAGUCAAAGGUCAGCGUUCAGGAACUGAACAUUGGCAUCACCAAACGGCUGAAAAACACUGAAAUCCAGGAGGGAGAAGAUUGCACUUUUGAGUGUAUUUUGUCCCACGAAAGCAUUGAUGACUUCAACUGGACGCUGAACGGAAGCAAAGUGGAAAGUGGUGGGCGAUUUAAAGCCUCUAACAUGGGUCGGAAAUACAUGCUCAAUAUCAAAAGCGUGAUUCCUGAUGAUGCUGGGGAAGUCAUUUUCACGGCCCGUGGUCUAACCUCCAAGGCUUCUCUGGUUGUGAAAGAAAAACCUACUGAGGUUACAAAACAGCUGGAGGAUAAAACAUCAGCAGCAGGGCAGGACAUCAGGCUGAGCUGUGAAUUGUCAAAACCUGAUGUAAGCAUCAGAUGGUAUAAGGAUGGCAAAGCAAUCCGAAAAAGCCAGAAAUAUGACUUGCAUCAAGAGGGGACACGGGCCAUUCUGAUCAUCCAUGACUCCACGGUCAAGGACAGUGGGGAGUACACUUGUGAGACAGAGGUCUCUAAAACAAAAGCCAGGAUCACAGUGCAAGAAAAACCUAAUUAUUUUGUCAAAGAACUUUCAGAUCUAAAAGCUGAUGAAAAUGGAACUGCAGUUUUCAUGUGCCAGACUGAGAAAGCUGCACCCUCUGUGGUCUGGAGGAAAGGCAUAGCUGAACUCAGGGCUAGCAGGAAAUACGAGAUCACACAGAAAGGACAAGUCCUGCAGCUGACCAUAAAGAACUUGGAGAAAAGCGACAGUGACACUUACACCUGUGACAUUGGUGAUGCCCAGUCCAGAGCCAAGCUAGUCGUGCAAGGCCAGAAAGUGCUAAUAACAGAAGACCUGGAAGAUGUCACUGUGUUAGAAGGAGAAUCUGCCAUGUUCAAAUGCAGAAUCUCUCCUGUAGACUAUAGCAAAGUGCAGUGGUUUUUGGAUAAAACCCCACUCCAUACCAAUGAACUUAAUGAGAUCCAGUCUCAGCCUGGUGGAUAUCACUUGCUAACGUUGAAAAAACUCUCACUGAAGGACUCGGGGGUCAUUACAUUUGAAGCUGGUGAUAAGAAAACAUCUGCCAGUUUGGUUGUUAAAGAGAAGCCCUGCAUCUUCACAAAGGAGCUGGCUGAUACUGAAGUCACUGAGGGAGAGGAUGUGAUCCUUCAUUGUGAAACCUCCAAAUCAGACAGCCCUGUAAAGUGGUGCAAAGACGGGAAGAGCCUUAGGAAUUCUUCCAAGUAUAACAUCAGCCGGUCGGGAUUUGAAGCCAAGCUUGUCAUUCACAGGGCAGAAGAAAGAGACAGUGGCAGAUAUGAGUGUGAGGCUGGAGCAGCUAAAAGUAGUGCGGUUAUUACUGUCAAGGCCGUCUCUGUGCUCAUCAAAGAAGAGCUGAAGAGCAUGGAAGCCGUGGAAGGUGGGACUGCCACCCUGCGAUGCCAGCUGAGCAGAGAGGCCCCCGUGGAGUGGAGGAAGGGGCAUGCUCUUCUCCGGCCAAGUAACAAGUACAGGAUGAGGCAGGAGGGCAUGGUGGCUGAGCUGCUGAUCCACGAUCUGGACCCAAAGGAUGCUGGAGACUAUACAUGUGUAGUGGGGAACCAAAAAACCACAGCAGCCUUAUCAGUGAAUGCCCUGCCAGUCCGUUUCAAAAAAGAGCUGAAGAAUGAAGAAGGCACCGAGAGUGGGACGGCUACGCUGCAGUGCGAGCUGAGCCAGGCGGUGGACUCGGUCGAGUGGAGGAAGGACGGGAAGGUCCUGAUGCCAAAUGGCAAAUACAAAAUGAGACGGGAAGGGCGUUUUGCUGAGCUGGUGAUCCAAGACCUAGACUUGGCGGAUGCUGGGAACUAUACCUGCGUGUGUGGAGAUCAGAAGACAACAGCUGCUUUGAGAGUGAAUGCCCUGCCUAUCCUCUUCCAAGAAGAAAUGUUGAACAAGGAAGCUACAGAGGGAGACGCAGUCACUUUGCACUGUAAACUGAGCAAAUCGGCCCCAGUCGAGUGGAGAAAGGGGAAUAUGGUCCUGAAGCCAAGUGAAAAAUACAAAAUAGAGCAGGAAGGUCCCUUUGCGGAGCUGAUUAUCCGUGAUUUGGAUUUGGCAGACGCUGGUGAUUACAGCUGUGUGUGUGGAGAUCAACAGACUACGGCUGCUUUGACAGUAAAUGUCCUGCCUGUUCUUUUCACCAAAGAACUGACAGAUGAAGAAGCCACAGAAGGUAAAAGUGUGUCUCUGCACUGUGAGCUGAACAAGGCUGCUGCUAACGUGGAGUGGAAGAAGGGAUUCAAGACCCUCAAAUCAAGUGACAAGUAUAAAAUGAAGCGAGAAGGUGUCGUUGCUGAGCUUACAAUCCAAAAUCUAGACAUGACGGAUGCUGGAAAUUAUUCCUGUGUGUGCGGAGACCAGCAGACUAUGGCAGUUUUAACAGUACAUGCUUUGCCUGCAUUUUUCAAAGAAGGAUUGAAGAACAGAGAAGCCACAGAUGGUGCAACAGCCACUCUGCACUGCGAGCUGAGCAAGGUCGGUGUCCCAGUGGAGUGGAAAAAAGGGGACAAGAUGCUCAAACCGAGUGAUAAGUAUAGGAUGAGACAAGAAGAUACCGCUGCAGAACUGUUGAUCCGAGAUCUGGAGGUAGAAGAUACAGGAGAAUAUACCUGUGUGUGUGGAGAUCAGAAGACCUCAGCUGUCUUGACAGUCCAUGCUUUGCCUGCACUGUUCAAAAAGGAACUUGUCAAUAUGGAAGCCGCAGAAAACGGGACGGCUGUUCUGCAGUGUGAGCUAACUAAACCCACUCUGGUGGAGUGGAGGAAAGGGCAAAAGGUGCUCAAGCCUAGUGACAAGUACAAAAUGAGACUGAAGGAUGCCGUUGCUGAGCUGACAAUCCAUAGCCUGGAGGAACAAGAUGCAGGAGAUUACACGUGCGUGUGUGGAGACAAGACGACUACAGCAUCCCUGACAGUGCAUGCCUUGCCUGCACACUUCAAGAAAGAGAUGAAGAAUGAAGAAGCCACAGAAGGUGGAAUGGCCACGCUACAAUGUGAGCUAUCUAGGGCUGCCUCUGUGGAGUGGAAAAAGAAACACAAAGUGCUCAAAUCGAGUGAAAAAUAUACUAUGAGGCAGGAAGGUACUACAGCACAACUGCUGAUUCAUGCUUUAGAAGUCAAGGAUGCUGGGGAGUAUACCUGUGUGUGUGGAGAGGAGAAGACCACUGCAGCACUGACAGUGCACGCCCUUCCUGCUCUCUUCAAAGAAGAGUUAAGAAAUGAGGAAGCCAUGGAGGGCGAAGUAGUCACUCUGCGCUGUGAGCUGACCAAGACCGCUUCAGUGGAGUGGAAAAAGGGACACACAGUACUCAAACCUAGUGAGAAAUACAAAAUGAGGCAGAAGGAUGUUACUGCAGAACUGGUGAUCCAUAAUCUAGAUGAGACUGAUGCUGGUGAUUAUACCUGUGUGUGUGGGGAUAAGCAGUCCACAGCUUCCUUGGCAGUACACGCACUGCCUGCACGCAUCAAGGAAAGCCUGAAGGACGAGGAGGUAACAGAAGGUCAAGCAGCCACUCUGCGCUGUGAGUUGACCAAGGUUGCUCAAGUACAGUGGAGAAAGGGAAGCAGUUUGCUUAAAGUCAGCGACAAAUACAAAAUGAGACAGGAGGGCACAGUGAUGAAGCUGCUUAUCCAUGACGUAGAAUUGAAAGAUGCUGGAGAAUACACUUGUGUGUGUGGAGAACAGGAGACAACAGCUGCCUUGAAAGUGCAUGCCCUGCCUGCACUUUUCAAAGAAGAACUGAAGGACCUGCAAGCCAUGGAAAGCCAAACAGCCACUCUGCGCUGUGAGCUGACCAAGGCUGCAGCUGUGUCAUGGAAGAAAGGAAACAAAAUACUCAGGGCAAGUGAAAAAUACAUCAUGCGGCAAGAUCAUGCCCUUGCUGAGCUGGAAAUUUGUGAUCUAGAGCUGCAGGAUGCGGGAGAUUACACCUGUGUGUGUGGAGACCAACACACCACGGCUUCUCUAACAGUGAAUGCCCUGCCGGUGCUUUUCAAGGAAGAACUGAAGAAUGAAGAAGUCCAAGAAGGAGCAUCAGUCUCUCUGCGUUGUGAAUUAACCAAAGCAGCUCCAGUGCAGUGGAAAAUAGGGUCCAAAGUGCUCAAAGCAAGUGACAAAUAUCAAAUGAGACAGCCUGGCACCACUGCAGAACUGUUCAUUCAUGAACUAGAAGUAAAAGAUGCUGGAGAUUACACCUGUGUGUGUGGUGACCAGAAGACAACAGCAACCUUGACAGUUCAUGCUCUGCCACUGCUCUUUAAGGAAGAGCUAAGGAACGAGGAAGCAGAAGAAGGUGGAGAAGUCGCCCUGCACUGUGAGCUCACCAAGGCUGCGCCGGUGGAGUGGCGGAAGGACCAGAGGAUCCUCAAAGCGAGUGAGAAAUACAAAAUGAGGCAGGAAGGGACCAAGGCAGAGCUGGUGAUUCAUGAAAUAGCUGAGGAGGAUGCAGGAGACUACACCUGUGUGUGUGGAGAGCACCAGACUACAGCUGUCUUAACAGUACAGGCUGUGCCUUCAUUUUUCCGAGAAGAAAUGACCAGCAAGGAAGCGGUAGAAGGUGGAACAGUCACAUUGCGCUGCGAACUUAGCAAGGCAUCUGCCCAUGUUCAGUGGAAGAAGGGCCAUCAAGUCCUCACACCGGACAAGAAGUACAGCAUGAGACAGGAAGACUGUGUUGUGGAGCUGGUAGUUCACGAGUUAGACUUGAAUGAUACUGGAGAUUAUACCUGUAUGUGUGGAGACAAGAGCACCACAGCUGCCUUAACAGUGCAUGCACUGCCUCCAGAAUUCAAAAAAGACCUGAAGGACCUAGAAGCUGUAGAAAGUGGGACAGCUGCUCUGCACUGUGAGCUGACUAAACCUGCUGCGGUGGAGUGGAAGAAAGGGCAGGAGGUGCUCAAAGCAAGCAGCAAAUAUAAAAUCAGUCAAGAUGGUGCUGUUGCAAAGCUGAUUAUCCAUGAGUUGGAUGUGGACGACACUGGAGAUUACACCUGUGUGUGUGGAGAUCAGCAGACAACUGCUACUUUGACAGUCAAUGCCCUACCAGCACUUUUUAAACAAGAGCUGCAGAAUACCGAGGCAAAAGAAGGUGGUACAGCAACACUGAGGUGCGAGCUUACCAAACCCAAUGCUCCAGUAGAGUGGAGGAAAGGAGAUACUACUCUCUACCCUGGUUUGAAAUACGAGGUGAAGCAGCAGGGCUGCACUGCUGAAUUGAUCAUUUAUGACUUAGAACUGGAUGACUCAGGAAAGUACACCUGCGACUCUGGACAUCAGCAGACAACGGCUGUGGUAACUGUACAUGCACUACCUGUCACAUUUAAGCAACCCCUACAAAAUAAGGAAUCAGAGGAAGGAAGUACAGCUACAUUUUGCUGUGAGCUGUCAAAACCCAAUGCUGCAGUGGAAUGGAGGAAAGGAGGAGUGGGGCUGCAACCCAGCCAGAAAUAUGAAAUGAGGCAGAGGGAAUGCCUGGUAGAGCUAUUAAUACAUAAUCUCAAAUUAGAAGAUACAGGAGAAUACAGCUGUGAUACUGGGGAUCAGGAAACCAAGGCAUCUUUAAAUGUGAAAGCUCUGCCAGUUCUUUUCAAAAAGGAGCUCAAAGAUGAGGAGGCAGAAGAAGGAGCUGCGGUGAAAUUCCAGUGUGAGCUGACAAAGGAUAAUGCAACAGUGGAGUGGAGGAAAGGCACUAUGGAGCUCUUCCCAUGCGCCAAAUAUGAAAUUAAAUUAAGUGGUCGCACAGCUGAACUUGUGAUUCAUAACGUAGAACCAGAAGACGCCUCUGAUUACACAUGUGAUACAGGAGACCAGCAGAGCACAGCAGUCCUCAGAGUGAAUGCCAUCAAACCCCGGCUGAAGCAGCAGCUGAAGAAUGAAGAAGUGGAAGUGGGAGGAACGGCCAGGCUGCACUGUGAGAUUUCCAUUAGCAAAGCAGAAGUGGAGUGGAGGAAAGAUGGAGUUGUCCUUCAUUCGAGCUCCAAGUACGAAAUGUGGCAGGACGGCACCCUCCGCGAGCUGCGUGUUCACCACCUGGAGCCUAGUGAUGCUGGAGAGUAUUCCUGCAAGGCUGGAGAUGAGACAAGCUCUGCAAAACUGACCGUGAAAGAGCCUGAUGUGACCAUCGUGAGUGGCCUAAAGGACAUGGUGGUGUUUGAAGGGGAUGAUGUCACGUUUCAGUGCCAGGUUUCUCAUGAGAACGCAAGGGAUGUUGAAUGGAAGCUGCAGGAUGUCGCUCUGCAAAAUAAUGAAAUGAAUGAGAUCUCAGUUGAAAAAGGAAAGAUUCACACCCUGACGUUAAGGAAGGUGACUGAGCAGGACAUUGGCACCAUCACUUUCCGAGUGGGACCCCACACAUCAACAGCAGAGCUCACAGUAAAAGAAUCAGCAGCAACCAUAGUGGAGACGCUGAAGGACGUCACUUCGUAUGAAGGAGAGGACGCAGUGUUUGAAUGCAGGCUGUCCCGGGAAACAGCUCAGGAUGCCCAGUGGUUCCUGGGGGAUGUUCCCCUGCAAUCCAAUGAAAUGAAUGAGAUCAGAGUCCAAGGGACACAUCACACUUUGAUCCUGAGGAAGGUGACACUAGAAGACUGUGGACCCAUCAGUUUCAAAGUCGGGCAGCAUACCUCAGCGGCACAGCUAACGGUCCAAGCCAAGAACAGCAUUGUCCAGGGCUUGGAGAAUGUGGAAGCCGUGGAAGGAGGGGAAGCCCUGUUUGAAUGCUAUCUUUCCAAGCCCGAAUGCUACAAUUACAACUGGCUGAUUGACGAUGAACCUGCCAAAACUACAGAAAACACUGAGAUGGUUUACUUUGAAGAUGGACGCAGGCAUCUUCUGCUGCUGAAGAACCUAACUCCACGGGACAGCUGCAGGGUGACUUUUAUGUGCAGCGACGCGGUGACCUCAGCCUUCCUGACGGUGAAAGGAUGGCGCCUACAAAUCUUGCAGCCUCUGACAGAUGUGGAAGUCUCUCUGGGGGAGAAAGCUACAUUUAGCUGCGUUCUAAGUGAAGCUGUGCCAGUUACUGAAGUUGCCUGGUAUAAUAAUGAUGUAGAGAUCCAGUCGGAUGAGGACUGGGAGGUACAAGCAGAUGGAAAUAAAUACAAACUUAUUCUGAAAAAAGCCCAACCACAUCAUUCUGGAGAGGUGACCUUUGCUUCCAGGGAAGCAAUUGCAUCAGCAAAGUUAUCUGUGAUAGCCCACCCUGAACCACCUGAAGAACCAGAAGUUUUAAGUAAGAACAGCCACUCUGUAACUCUGUCUUGGUACAAGCCAUUGAGCGACGGUGGUUGUGACAUCCUAGGCUACAACGUGGAGAAGAAAAUCCCAGGUAUUGGCUGGCAGUCAUGCAACAAGGGCAUUAUUCAAAACACGGAGUUUAUGGUGGACGAUCUCACCCCGGGUGAACCCUACAGAUUCCGUGUCUCAGCUAUAAACAAAGUUGGGUCCAGCGAGCCGGUGCACUUCCCUCAGAUGGUGCGGCUAGAGGCUCCAGUUACAGUCACCCAUCCUUUGGUGGGAGGAUCAGUUUCAGAAGGGGAGGUGGCUCGCUUGGAGUGCAAAUUAUCAAGUGAAACUGAAGAGAAAGUCACAUGGUUCAAAGGAAAAGAAGAAAUACAAGCUGGAGGGAGAUACGAGAUCAUCUCUGAUGGAAAAAAGCAGAUACUCAUUAUUCAUGCAUUUAAACCUGAAGAUCAGGACACAUAUACCUGCAUGGUUUCUCCAGAAGUCAAAUCUGUUGCCAGCUUGUGUCUUGAAGUUCCCACAGUGACAAUGCUAAAAGAGAUUGCCAGGGAAGCUCCCUCUGCAAGGCAACCAGAAGAGGUGGUGGAUGGCCAUGUCCAGCCCAGUUUGCCCCCUGAGGCUGCUCAGGAGGGAGACCUUCAUCUGCUGUGGGAAGCUCUGGCCAAGAAACGCCGGAUGAGCCGGGAGCCCACCUUGGAUUCCAUCAGCGAGGUGCCUGAAGAGGACGAGAAGCUUCAGAAGUUGAGGAAGGAGGAAGCAGAGAUGUCUCACUAUUACUCAGAGGAGUACUCCACGUGUGAUGAGUUGGCUAGGACAGGAGAAGCAGAUUUCUCUUUCACAAGCUCAGAUGAUGAGUCUAGAGCUGGGACUCCUUCACUAGUGAACUACCUCAAGAAAGCUGGAAAGACAAGUGUCAGUGUUACUAGCAAGGCUCAGUCCAUCUCCACGGGGAAAUUAUGGAAACAGUGGGAGAAAUCCAGUGUGGAGACUGUUGUGACUGCCCCAGCUGCUAAGCCAGCUAAACCAGAAAUACCAGAUUUAGAUGAUCCUUCCAUGAACCAGGCUGCUGUGAAGAUCCAGGCUGCUUUCAAAGGCUACAAAGUCAGGAAAGAGAUCAAACAACAAGAGUGCCCAGUGUUUACUGAGACCUUCAAAGAUUUCUCUGGUGAGCCUGGAAGCACUCUCCACCUUGAGUGUGUGGCUCACAGCAAAACUGACAUGAAAGUCCGUUGGCUGAAAGACGGAGAAGAGCUUUCAGAUGGUCGCUACUAUCACAUAGACAAUUACAGUGAUGGGACCUGCUCUUUGAUUAUCACUGGCCUGGAUAUGAAAGAUGCAGGUAAAUACACCUGUGAGGCAUCCAAUAAAUUUGGCAAGGUUUCACACACUGCUAAGGUGGUUAAACAAAGCACUGACAGUGAGACAGAGAGCUCGUCUGGCAGUGAGAUGGAUGAUGCUUUCCGUAAAGCAGGAAGGAGACUUCAUAGACUCUUCAGGGCCAAGAUCUCAACAGAGAUAUCUGAUGUGGAGGAAGAGCUCUUUGUCAGUGCAGAUGAAGGGGACAUAGAGGUGGUCGACCAUCAGACGUAUCGUGAGGAUGACCAGUAUAUCUACAUCAAGUUUGAAAUCUUGUCUGAGGCAAAAACUGCUGCCACUCGAUUCAGAGAGAUGUUUGGUGCUCUGGGAAUUCCUGUGGAGAUUGACAUUUUGGAACAAGGCCCUAAAAAAAUGGAAUUGCGUAUUGGGAAAGCAACACCACCCACCCAUGGGAAGUUUGUGCCACCAGUAGUGAGACCUCCACCACCUUUGCUGACUUCUGAUACAGCUCCCAUGUUCAUGACUGAGCUCCAAAACCAAGAGGUACAAGAUGGAUAUCCAGUCAGCUUUGACUGCAUUGUUGUUGGCAAACCGCUCCCCACGGUUCGCUGGUUCAAGGAUGGCAAAGCCAUUGAAGAAAAUGAUCAUUACAUGAUCAACGAGGACCAGGAAGGGUGCCAUCAGCUGAUCAUCACAGCUGUGGUCCCCACCGACAUGGGUGUUUACCGUUGCCUUGCUGAAAACAACAUGGGAGUUGCUUCAACCAAGGCUGAGCUUCGAGUGGACUUGACCAGCACUGACUAUGAGACAGCAGCAGAUGCAACAGAGACAUCUUCUUACUACAGUGCCAAAGAAUAUAUUUCAAGCCGAGAACAGGAGGAAUCUACUACUGAGGAGGAGCAAUUGCCCCAGAUCCUUGAUGAGCUUCAUGAUAUUCAUGUGGCACCUGGAGCAUCACUGGCUAAAUUUCACCUGAAGGUGAAAGGGUACCCGCAGCCUCGUCUCUACUGGUUCAAAAAUGGACAGCCGCUAAAGGCCUCGGAUCGCAUCCUGAAGACUGAUAAACAGGAAUUCCACUCACUGGAAAUUCGCGACGUCACCAAGGCAGAUGCUGGCCAGUACUCAAUAUUUGUUAUCAACUCUGCUGGUUCUGCAUAUUCGUCGGCCAGGCUGGUAGUCAAAGAUCCUGAUGAGAAAGAAGAGCCAUCAGAAACAGAUUCCCAUGAGCAGCUGAUACCACCAAGGUUCCUAGAAAGAUUUACUAAUAAAAAGGUGAAAAAAGGUGCAAGCAUCACAUUAUCUGUAAAAGUUGAAGGACAUCCACCACCAACCAUUACUUGGCUGAAAGAAGAGUCUCGGGAAGACAUCCUGUGGAUCAAACCAGACACUCCUGGGUAUAAACUUGCCAGUUCAAAUAUGCAUCACAGCCUAAUCCUGUUGGAUGUUAAAAAGAAGUACAGUGGAGCUUACACAUGCAUUGCUACCAACAAGGCUGGCCAGUCCAUCUGCACCGCCACCCUAGAAGUUGCAGAUGUGAAAGAGGCUGAAGUUCUGACCCAGGAGCGUGUGAUGGUGUCAGAAGCCAUCAUGACCACACUGGGAGCUAUUCAACCCUCUGAAACAAGAGAAGGAGACCUUGAAGCUGGUGGAGAAGGUGUACCCAAAAGCCCUAUUUCAUUAGCUGAUGUUGGCUCAGAAGAGUUCUUCCAGAAACUCACCUCGCGUAUUUCAGAAAUGGUAUCUGCAAAAAUAAGUCAGGCUACACUUCGAGUGCCAGGUGCAGAAAGUGAUGAUGAAUCAAAAACUCCCUCUGCAUCUCCUCGCCAUGGACGAUCCAGACCUUCAUCCAUUGCUCAGGAGUCUUCCUCUGAGUCUGAAGACGGGGAUUCCAGAGGAGAGAUCUUUGACGUCUACAUGGUCACAGCUGACUACGUGCCUGCUGCUCCUGACAAGGAGACCAUCACUUUGAAGGAAGGCCAAUAUGUGGAAGUCCUUGAUUCAGCUCAUCCUCUGAAGUGGCUGGUCAGGACUAAACCCACAAAAUCCAGCCCCUCUCGACAGGGUUGGGUAUCUCCAGCCUAUCUGGACAAGAAAUUAAAGUUGUCACCAGAGUGGGGAACAACAGAAGCUCCCGAGUUCCCUGGAGAGUUUGUUUCUGAAGAUGAAUAUAAAAGGAAGCUGAGUGUUCUUAUGCAAGAGCUGUUGAUCUCAGAAGAGGAUUACAUUCAAGAUCUACAGUUCCUCCAGACUCAUCACCUUAAGUACACUGAGACCUGUCCCAAUGUCCCAGGAGCUGUCGCCAGUCAGAGAUCCACCAUCUUCAGAAAUAUUGAUGACAUUGCUCGCUUCCAUUCCAGUGUCUUCCUCCGAGGCUUGCAGAAAUGUGACACUGAUGAUGACGUGGCCAUGUGCUUUAUCAAGCACGAAGCAGAGUUUAAUAAGUACAUCCAGUACCUGGUGGGGAGGGUACAGGCCGAGUCAAUUGUUGUCAGCAAAGCUGUGCAGGAUUUCUACAAGAGAUACACAGAUGAAAUUUUAACUAAUGAAGAUCCUUCACAGCCGCUUAUCCCACCACUGCAGCACUACCUGGAAAAACCCAUAAACAGGAUCCAGCAGUAUCAGACUAUAAUCAAGGAAUUAAUCCGAAACAAAGCAAGAAGCAGCCAAAACUGCACUUUGCUGGAGCAGGCUUAUGCUAUUGUGUCUGCGCUCACCCGAAGAGCAGAAAACAACCUCCAUGUCUCACUCAUUGAGAAUUAUCCGGGCACCUUGGAAAGCCUUGGUGAACCCAUCCGACAGGGCCACUUCAUUGUGUGGGAAGGAGCUCCAGGAGCUAGAAUGGCAUGGAAAGGACACAAAAGACAUGUCUUCCUCUUCAAAAAUUAUAUUGUGAUCUGCAAACCAAAGCGAGACACAAAGACAGACACCUACAGUUACAUCUUCAAGAACAUCAUGAAGCUGAACAACAUAGACGUGAAUGACCUUGUGGAAGGGGAUGACCGGGCGUUUGAGAUCUGGCAUGAACGGGAAGACUUGGUCCGCAAGUACCUCCUUCAGGCACGUACAGUGAAUAUCAAGAACUCCUGGUUGAAGGACAUUUGUGGCAUACAGCAGCGGAUCAGCGAGCCUGUCUGGAUACCUCCAGACUUUGAGGAAGAACUGGCAGAUUGUACAGCUGAGCUGGGAGAGACAGUCAAGCUGGCUUGCAAAGUUACGGGAGCUCCCAAGCCAUCUGUCAGCUGGUACAAAGAUGGAAAGCCUGUGGAGGUGGAUCCCCAUCACAUUAUAAUAGAAGAUCCCGAUGGUUCCUGCACUUUGAUCUUGGACAACCUAACAGGCGUUGACUCAGGACAGUACAUAUGCUUCGCUUCCAGUCCUGCUGGAAAUGCCAGUACCUUAGGAAAGAUACUUGUUCAAGUGCCACCAAGGUUUGUGAACAAAGUUAGAAAUGCUUAUUUUGUGGAGGGUGAAGAUGCUCAGUUUACCUGUACUAUUGAAGGAGCCCCUAGGCCUCAAAUCAGAUGGUACAAAGAUGGUAUACUGUUGAAGGACACAAGUAAAUAUCAGACUUUCAGUGAACCACGGAGUGGCAUAAUAGUCCUGGUGGUCAAGAACCCUUCCAAUGAAGAUAUGGGACACUAUGAAUGUGAACUGGUGAACAGAUUAGGGUCUGCAAAAAGUGGAGCAGAACUUUACCACCACAGUGCUGCAGCCCUGACCCAGGAGAGGAGAGGAGAUCAAGCCAUUACCAUAGAAGGUCAUUCACCUUCCCGCUCCCCAAGAGCGGAGCCAACUCCAGAGCCAGUUUUUGUUUCAAAGAUCAGACAGCCUGUCCACAGACAUGAGCAGGAGGCAACAUCAAAGUCUGCUGUUCCCAUGCUUUAUGUCACAGAACCAGAAGACAGGCAAGGAGCAGCAGCUAGAGAUGUCAUCAUAGAGACCAAGGUGGAAGAGAAAAAGCCCAAAUGGGUUGAAGUGGAAGAAAUAAUUGAAUUCAAGGUGAAAAAAUCACCAAAACCUGCAAGGAAAAGAGGCUCUUCCCCAGCAAAACAAGAAAAAGAUGACUCAGGGGUGUUAACGUUCACUUUUCCCAGCUCAAGGCCUAGGCGUUCCCCAGAAGAUGAUCCAAACACAAACAACUCCAACAAUAAAUUGGUGGAACAGUCAAAAUCUUUGCCUAGUGACAGUCUCUCUGAAGCCGAUAUCCAGCCGCUGGUGUAUGCAACCGAGCAGGAAGGACCUCAAGUCAGCAACGAAGACAGAAGCUCCCCAUGUGGGUCCGAACAACUAGGAAAUGAUUCAUUUAUGGAUUAUGGAACCGAAGGAAAGAGCUUCCCACAGGAAACAAGCGCUCACUACAGGUCAGAUGUCGCUUCCCCGCUGCUUGCCUGCGGGGGUGAGCCUUUGAUCUUCAGUUUUGAGACAGCUGCUGCAGACCAGCAUGAACUUCUGUUCUCACCAGCGAGUCCAGAGGUUAAGGAAAAGAUAGAUGAAUUAGAUGUAUCUUGGCCUGUUGAAGAGGGGGUACCCGAAGUAAUGCAAGAUGUCGUUCCAGAUGAGGAUAAUGUUGUUAUAGUUGAUGAACCAGAGGAACUACAGACAGAUGACAUUAGCACCCGGGACCGUAAAAUCUUAACCCACAAUGGAAAAAUAUUAACUUUGGAGGAUCUUGAAGAUUAUGUUCCUGAAGAAGGUGAGACCUACGGGUGCGAUGAUCAGAGCCAUACGGCAGAGAAACCCUGCGAGAUCUCCGUGCUCCAGACAGAGAUUAAUGAGCCAACAAUUGGGAAGCCAGUGCUGCUGAAUCUGGUGAGACCUGUGGUGUCCCAGCCCAGGCAAAGAUUUUUCAGCCAGUUUGAGGAGCACGUUCCUGGGGGCAUGUUCAUGUCAGCAUCUAGAGUAACCGGUGUGCAGUCUGUAGGUGCCUCAAACAUCUCCUUCCAUGUGAGUGAUACCUGCAUGGCAGUGACGCCUGGGGUGCAUGCAGCAACAGCAGCAGCUUCUCCGGGUCCCUCCUUCACAGUGAAACCAUCUUUCUGCACUGAAGUCCAGCUCUCACCAGACAACGGACAGUCAAGCUUUAAAACUGAAGUUUCCACAAGAACCCUCAGCUAUGGGACUGUUGGAAUGACUUCCCCACAGUCAAAGAUGGAGACUACUGUCCAGGCCUCACUUCAGCGUGCUGAUAAGGAGAUCAAAACAGCUCUAAAGAAACUCGUGGACUCGGCAUCACUGCUGGUGACUCUUCCCCCGAGCAUGCAAGGAGGAGCUGGUGGCCUUGGCCUUCCUGGGUCCAUUCCUUCAGAGCACUCAGAAAGAGCAGUUGGGCCCUCUGUCAUAGUUCAAGAAGCCAGUACCCAAACCCAGACUGCUGGAGGUCAUGACAAAGCACAAAGACAGAUUCCAGCUGAAGAAUCAAGUGUGCCAAAGUCCAGUCCCGGUCCUUCCCAUGAUGAGACGGCUGCUGGAGAUGAAAGGACUCAGGAGCGCACCGUUCCUAUUACCAGAACAUCACCAGCCGCGGGGGCAGGAGACUGGUACAGAAGAGAAGGAGAUGUGGUCUGGGACGUACACAGUGAAGUUUAUAUUGAGACCACAGAAAGAACUCGUGUGUAUAAGACUGAGGAGAAGACCCCAACAAGUCCUCCCUAUAUGCAAGUGACAAUAGAGGAUGUGCAGGUGAAUUCUGGGGAGUGUGCCAAAUUUCAGGCAGUCAUUGAAGGAACCCCUCAGCCUACCGUUUUGUGGUUUAAGGGCACUUCGUUGCUGACAGACAGCACCAGGCUCCAUCAAGGGAAGGAAGGAACAACAUAUUUCUUAGUCGUGGACAAUGCUGUCUCAGAAGACGGUGGUGUUUAUACCUGUGUUGCUAAAAAUGCAGGAGGGGAGGUUUUGUGCAAAGCAGAGCUGGUCGUACAUGAAGGUAAUAAAGACCAAGCAGCAAAGAAAGUGGCCACCAGGAGAAAGCUCCAUUCCCUUUAUGAGGUUAAGCAGGAGAUUGGAAGGGGCUGCUUCAGCUUUGUGAAACGAGUUGUACAUAAAGGGAACAGAGUGUCUUGUGCUGCCAAAUUCAUACCUCUACGAAGCAAAACGAAGGCUCGAGCGCAUCAAGAGAGGGAUAUUCUUGCCUCUCUGUCCCACGACAGAAUUACCAGGCUCCUGGAUCAGUUUGAAACACGGAAAACGCUGAUUUUGAUUCUUGAGUUAUGUUCCAGUGAAGAGCUCCUUGACCGUUUAUUCAAGAAGAGUGUCGUCACUGAAGCAGAGGUCAAAUUAUAUAUCAAGCAAAUUUUGGAAGGAAUCAAAUAUCUUCAUGACAACAACAUCCUUCAUUUGGACAUUAAGCCGCUGAAUAUCCUCAUGGUUUACCCUGAAAGGGAAGAUCUUAAGCUCUGUGACUUUGGAUUUGCCCAGAAGAUCACGCCCUUUGAGCCUCAGUUCAGCAAAUAUGGGUCUCCGGAGUUCGUUGCCCCAGAAAUUGUUUCUCAGUCACCAGUGUCAAAAGCAACUGAUAUCUGGGCUGUGGGAGUCAUCACAUAUUUAAGCCUAACGUGCAAGUCUCCAUUUGCUGGGGAGAAUGACAGAGGAACCCUUUUAAAUAUCCAGAACGGAGAAAUUUCAUGGACUAUUCCUGAUUUUGUUCACUUGAGUGAAGAUGCAAAGGACUUUGUGAAAGGGAUCCUACAGCAGCACCCCGAAGCAAGGCCUAGUGCUUUGGACUGUCUUUCCCACAAGUGGUUCAUGCAUAAUCUCCCCCUCGAAGCAGCUCAUUUCAUUAAUACCAAGCAGCUCAAAUUCAUUGUGGCUCGGAGCAAGUGGCAGCGGUCUCUGAUGUGCUAUAAAUCCAUACUGGUAAUGCGGUCUAUCCCAGAAAUCCUAGAAAGAACUCACGACAACACCUCCCUGGCCAUCUCCCGACAUCUUAUUGAAGAAAGCACUUCAUCCAGUACCAGCGGCUCGUCUUCAGACAACGAGAACUCGCAUUUCCCCACGAAGAGGCACUUUGGCUCUACACCCGAACUGCACUUGUCCAUAUUUGAUGUAUCAAGCCAUCAGGAGCCUCCAAAACCCUCAAGUGAAGAGAAGCACUCUAAAAUGUCAGUCCCUCCAGUAAAACCCAUGAGGAGGAAGUAUGCUUCAACGAAAGCUGAGGUGGGGGACAAAUCACCUACAGAAACCAAAGAGCUCAUGGCAAGUAUCUUAAAGGAGAAAGAGGAGGGGCUCCAUCCCAGACCUCGAGAUGAAGGAGCAGAGCAGUCCCAAAGAAGCGGUGCUGCUGAGUCUUCAUCAGUGAGGACUUCCACAGAAAGCACAUCACAUCCCUCUCAGAAAGAAAAACCAGACAUAUUUUUAUCUGAUAAGGACAGAAUUGAUAAGGCUGGGGAUGGGACAGAAAAGCCACCUGUCUGUGUUCCUAGACAGAGUGUCAUUAAAAGCACUUUCUACAGCCAAGCAGCUGAGCUACCUGCAAGGGGGCCUUCCUCACCAGGCAGGGAGUUCAGAAGGCACCUGGACAGAGCCAGAAGGACUUUCCGGAAAGCUGGAUAUUCAAAGGUCCCUCUCAGUGGUCUCCGUGAGCCCCUUCUAGAGCAGUUUGAACUGGAAGAAGAAGAAGGAAAGUCUGAUGAUGGAGAUGAUCACAGGGAAAGUCUGCUGACCAAAUCAGCUUCGUUUGACACUGCAAGGAAACCACCACAUCCUGCCAUUGCUGGUGCUAGCCGAAGCCGUUCCCUGGAUGACUACAGGCUGAGAGCCUCAAGAUCAGUGAGGGAACAAGAUAUUUUGGAAGAAGACUGUGAUAUUUUGUCACAGGAAAGUUGCCCUGAAGGCAGUGACCACUGUGACAUUUCUGCGGGGCCUAGCAAGGGAUGUUCUGUAGACACUUCAAAGCAGGAGGACUUUAGGAGAGCCAGCAAGAAUUGUUCAGAAGAGCAGCCCCCUCCUUCCACAAAAUGUGAGGGUAAUGGGUGCCCAGCUGUUACUGUGCAACAGCUAGAGAGACUUCCAGUGUCACCUCAUAGGAGUGAGAAUAGGAAACAUUUACUGAAGAAGUCAAAAGCUGCUUACUUUGAGGAGGAAGUUGAAGAUUUGGAAGGCAAAAGCGCCAUUCUAACUGCCCAGUGCUCAGAUGCAACUGCAUCAUCAGCUCAAAAACAUGAAAGCAUGGAAGGUAAAUCUCCCCCUGGCAGCGCCUCUGACACUGCUUUUCAGGAGGGCAAACAGUCCAUUUCAACGCUCGCACAGUCAGACACCACCUCCACGUCAGCCCCUACAAGCAAGGGAGGUGCGUAUCUGCCCCAGGAGUCUGCUCACAGCACCGACAUCCAGCCGGAUCUAAAAGGUGGAAGCUUGCUUAUCAAAAGGACAGCCCCAGUUCCACCUUGGAAAGACAAAAGGCAGAAACAUUCACAUGAGAAGACUUCUGCCCAUAGCGUUGCCAAAUCUGAUCUCAUGGAGCGUGAAAGUGCUGCUGUUUUAACAGGCCCACAAACAAAAACCGAUUCACUUCCAGUGUGUAAAGACAAAAGUCAGGAACUUCCUGAUCAAAGUGUUCCAGUGACUACUGCCUUGGUGGGCAAACGGCCUGGUACCCUAACUGCUCUGCAAACAGCUGAUGAAGGUGUGCAUCAGAAGCUGAAGACCUAUGAAGAGGUGAGAUCUGGUGUCCUGGAGGAUGAAGGACCAGGUGUUACAGGAACCACUCCACCAUCAUCCCAUGAUGGCGAAAGCCAGACACACAAGAGGGCUCCUGUUCAUGGAGACACAGCAUCAGCUAUCCUGAAGGAAGAGCAUCUUGUUGUUCCAAAAGUCCCACCACCAAAAUCAAUGUCAACUUUGGUCUCCGAUGGGGCACAGCAGGCUGAAAGGGAACGGCCAGCUCAUAGCAAGGAGAGGCUUGCUGCUCCGAGGAGGGAAAGCUCAGCUGUCACAGAGCUUGUUCCCAGUUUGGUCCAUGAGACUGAAAUCGAGGGAGCUGAACUCCAGAAGGUUUCUAAAGGCAGUGACAUGGUGCCUGCCGUUCUGGAGAGCAGACACCCAGCUAGAACUGUGUCCUCCCAAAAUACUGGCCUCCCUUUGGUCCGUGAGAGUGAAAAGCGAGAACAUCCAAAGGCAUCACUUCACAGUGAGGUGAGAUCAGCUGUGACAGCAAGUGGAAGGCAAGCAGCUGGACAGACUAUGCCUGCUCCGUUCCCCAAGGCUGGACGUCAGGUGUCUGAGCAGCACAGGGGUGCCUGUCCCAGUGGCAGAGUUUCUGCUGAUCUGGAGGGUGGGCCUCCAGGUGUCUUAACUGCUUCACAACCAGAAGUUGCUCCAGCUCCAGUCUAUAAGCUAGAAUAUGAAGAGCAUCCAAAGGUUUAUGAUGAGGGUAGAGGCGUUGCCUUAGCAAGUGGAAGCUGUGAUGCUGGAAGAACUGUCCCACCAUCACUCCGCAGGGAUCAAAGUCAGGAGCUCUCACAUCACAGGUCUUCUUUUUACAGUGAUGAGGAGUCUGCUGUGCUGGAGGGCUUAGUGGAUGAGAUGGUUUCCCUCUCUGAAGAGAUGAAUGUUUGGGCAGAGUCAGUUUCUGGUGAGGAGGAAUGCAGAAAGCACAUCUCUCCUCCCACAGAGAUGUUCUGCAAAGGCCCAGGUAGCCAAGCACCUAUGGACACCACCUUCCCCUCUGUACAAGGGGGUAAAAGAGAAGUUUCUGAGCUGGAUGACCUUGCAGAACCCUAUCCUGCCAUGAGUGAGAAGUCAGUGGUCCUGGAAGGGCAGGGAGGACAGAUGGUUCCUCAUGAAUGUGAGCAUCUGGAAGACUUAGCGUUUGAGAGCCCCGCUUCUAGCCAAGUAAGCGUUUCCUCAACAGAUAGCUUGGAUGCUGGAAAAAGACCCAGUCAAGCGUCAGUAAGCAAGGACACUGGUAAACACCCAGAAGUUUCUUUAGUGAAAAUCAAAGACCUGUCGGAUGAAACACCCAGUCUUGGCAGUGGAACUCCAAAACUCGACAUAUCAGAGGUAGAGCCUGCCUAUUUGAAUUUCUCUGACUUGUAUGACAUUGUCUAUUUUCCAUUUGAAUUUCUGAACUAUAGGAAGCCUCCACCCAAACCAACUGGUAGACGGUUUAUACCUUUUGGUGAAAGGGCAAGGUCACCUCCUGCAGGACAUUUGCAUAAGGAUAAAAGACUGUGCAUCAGAGAAGAGGCAGAGGACAGGAACAGGAAGAACCGUUUGGAAAUAUCUGAGGAUUCAAAGGCAACUAACUUAUUAGCCAUGGGGAAAGGAUCAGAGAGUCAUAAGGAAAUUUAUGGCCCCCAAAAGGACUCAAGUGGGAAGCAGAGAAGCUCCUUCUACAACAAGCCAGGACUCUUUAAGCCAUAUGCAAGGUCUCAUUCAGUGGAGCAGUCAGUGGAGCAGAGUCUGAAGAAGAAAGUAAAAGCUUCUGUUGCCCAUAUUUCAAGAAUCCUAAAAGGAAAGACAUCUCCUGAGCCAGAGGAAGAGUUUGGCGAGCUGGGAAGCGAGGCAGUCGAAAAAGAGCUGUUAACAGGGGCUGAAGGAUCUCUGAAGAGGAAAUCGGGACUCUCUUCAUUCAAGCUAUCAAGCCUCAUGCCAAAAGAGAAAGCACCUUUGUUCGUUGAGGAGCUCAUCGAUCAGGCUGCUGCCAUCGGACAGUGCGUGACGCUGUCGUGCCGGACGGCAGCUCACUCCUCCCUGCGCAUUGACUGGUUCAGAGAUGGGAUACCUGUCCACAGCAGCAGUCAGAUCCUCAUCUCAGCCACGCUGAAAAACUUCCAGCUGUUAACUAUUCUCUCUGUUAGCGCCGAUGAUUUUGGUAUUUACACCUGUGUGGCCACAAACUCCUUGGGCUCAGCAUCUACCUCUUGCAUUGUAAGAAAAGCAG